CCGAACGUCCAAAUCUCAUUGUUUUUCAAAAUGACAGUUUUGUGAAAAAAUAUCGUGAUUUUUUGGAUGAUCUGCAUUUCGCUUGCUUUUAGGAAGAAACAAAAUUUGAGUUAAAAAUUUGUUGUGUGUAAAGACGUUAUAAGUUCCAUUUAUAAGUAACGAAUUCUGAAGACAUAUUUUGUGAAAUAAUUAUUCUGUGAUGGUAGUGUAAACAAAUUGUUUUUAUCGUACUCUAAUGCUCUCCAAUCAUGAGUCAAUCACCUGGCUCGAGCCAGAGCCAGAGUAUCUUGGCACCACCGAGCCCCAAUAUUCUGGAGCCAGACUCGCCUGAAUGGCAACCAGCGUCAGUGACGUACACAGAACCUGUACACUAUGAAGGCAGCAACGAUUCCACGGCAACUAUAGCGUACGAGCCUGAUGCGAUACCGCCAGGAGAGUGGCUGCAACCGGAGCCAGUAGCCACAGACGAAAGUACCAGGCAGUCGGACGAGAACAGUCUCCAAUCGUUACCUGAAGUCCAUGCAAGAGACAGGCCUGAAACUGACGAGCCACCAGCGAAAGUUAGGAAGAUCAGCUCGCCGAAGUCAGAUGAUGAGUCUGCUGGUGAAAUGUGCCCCAUUUGUCUGGAUUCUUGGGGUAACUCGGGAGACCAUAGAUUAGUGGCGCUGCGUUGCGGACAUCUAUUUGGCCUAGAGUGCGUUGAAAGGUGGUUGAAAGCCCAGAAGAUUAAGGAGCGGUCGUGCCCCACGUGCAAAAGUAAAGCUUCAAUAAAGGACUUAAGGUUUAUUUACGCUCGACGUCUCGUCGCGGCGGAUACGUCGCAAAUAACACAACUACAAAAGCAAAUAGAGACGUUGCAGUCAGAAAAGAGUAGGACAGAAUUAGAGUUACAAAAGACUAAGAUAGCUCAUAGAGCGUGUGUGCUACAACUGGAUGUAUUGCGAAGUACCCUCAUGAAGUCCCAGGUGAGCAAAGAGCAGCCAGUCAGAAGGUCUUGGAGGUUCGCGCUGGAGAAGAACCUGGAAAUCUCCAAGGACAGAGGCUGCAGGGUCAUGACCUACAACUGCAGGACUUAUGAGUUGUACGUGUCACAGAAAAGCACCAACUAUUUAUUUCCCGGUUACGGGAUAAGGAAAGUCAGUUGCAUCGACUAUAAACUGGGGCAGUUCGUGCAUCUGCACCCGAAGCCUAUUAGGGAUAUAACGUAUUCUCAACCCAGAGACCUAUUGUUAAGUGUGGGCUUGGAUAGUACGGCCAGGAUAGUGGAGCGAGGGAUCCCUAGUGUGACGGUUAACGCCGGGAUGCCGCUGUGGUCAUGCUCGUGGGAUUACCUGCGCAGUAACGAGUUCUACGUGGGAGGAGUCGGUGGUAUUAUCCACCAAUACGACGUGAGAAACCCCGGCACGUACCUCCAAAUGUUAUCGUCUCCUGAAGACAUUACUCCUGUAGUCUCGCUCUGUUCGACAGAAUUCGGACUGUUAUCGUGCCAGCUGACUUCGGGGAAGUUGUGGGUGGCUAACAUGAGGCGAUGGGAGUCGAGGGCGCUGCCUAUAUCCGGUUCCUUUAUGUCGUUAUGCUACGACAACGAAUCGCAUCGAGCGGUGGUAUACUCCAGACCCAGCGCAGGCGGCUUAGAACGCUCUAAACUAACCAUAUGUAAGUUGAAAGCCAGCGUGCCCAACGGGGAAGUUCUAUGCGAUGUAGAAGAUACGUUAUUCGGGUCGACUCGAUCCUCGUUGAUGUCGAGAGCGGCGUGGGUUAGCCCCGGAGCGUCGUGGGUCGCGGCGCACUCGGAAUCCGAUUCGACUCUGUACUUACACGGCCUAGAUGGGUCAAGGACCAUGUUCCUGCCAGCAUCAGAACCGGCGCUGGACGUCGCCUCUGUCGAACUGAAUGGCAACACGAUUGUGGCAGCUCUCUCGGAGUCAAGACUGAGGUUGUACAAAGCCGUGCCGACAAACUCAUGACGACUGGAGAUUUAGCGUUUGCAAGAUCUGUGGACCUGCAAGGAUCUAGUGCUGUGAACUGUGUACUAAACGCGACGGAAAAGGCUCAAGGGCUGAACGAAAUUUAUAUAUUGUUAAUAAUUUAGAAGGAGAAAUUAUUGCUAGCGAUAUUUAGGAGUUUAUUGCAGCAUGCUGUUCAGACGCAAACGAGGUUUUUAUUUAUGCGUGGCAAAAGAAACCACUGCACUUAAUAAGUGAAGUGGGGUCAAUAGAAUGUCGACUGAUGAGAGAUGAUUACCCCUCAACAGUCGACACAAUUAUGCCGGCCUGUUAUUAAAUACACAGCCGAACGUGACACACUUACAAACGUGGGCCACUAUGACGGGAUUUAAUAUUGACAUUGCGUUACUAAAUUAAACCACAGGCUAAUAUUCUUAAAAAUAA